AAAUGGCGGGCACCUGUCGUUUGGAAAUGCAUAAACAUUUGAACUGGUCAUCUUGUCACUGACAUGAAUAUGAUAAUGUCUGUCAGAAGCUGGUUACAGUGAACAUGAUUGUGAGCGUCUGACUACAAACAUGUCAUCGUCUUCUAGCCCCACCAGGUCCCUGAAGGACCCGGACUCCAUGAAAAGUCCUGACAGAAUGGAAAAAAAAAUUAUUCCCAUUGACCAGAAGUUGGAGAAUCGAUUAAAUAUGAAAGAUUUGGAAAAACUGCAAGAUGCAUUUAUGACACAGGGAGAAGGUUAUGACAACAGACUGAGUCUCAACAAAGCUCAAUUCUGUGAGGCCCUGUCUAUCUUACUGAAGAAAGGCUCCAAACAAGAGUAUGCUGACCUGUUUGACAAGAUUGACGUCACACAGGAGGGCACGGUGGACUGGGACAAAUUCGCGUCUCACAUGUUGUUAGAAUUCUAUGAGAAAGACGACCGGGUCAAGUCUACACAAGUUCCACAGUGGAAGGAUCUUAAGGCUCUCCCAAGUCCACACAAGGAGGUGGUACAGAGAGUGAGGUUCCUGAAAAACACAAACCGAUACGUGGCCAUCAGUAAGGAGGGCUGUGUAUCAAUGUGGGGCACUGACCUCAAGCUCCAGAGGUCACUGAAAACAGGAACUGAUUCCUGUAAGGCUAGGGACUUAUGGGUAACGGAUUUUGUCCCACUGCAGAAUGUUAACAAGAUUGCUCUGGCUUUCACUAGCAAGGAGAUAGCUAUCUAUGACUUGAGCAGCAAGCUGGAGUUCAACUGUCAGUACAAAGUUCAGGGUUUACCGUACACACCGCUGUGCCUUGAUUACUGGUCCAACCCAAACAAUGUGAAUGAGGCCAUCUUAGUUUGGGGAGAUGUGGGGGGAUACAUCAACAUCAUUUUCUUUACCUCAGCAAAUAUUGCCUUGUUCGAACGUCCGCCAGCACCAGCCGGGGAAAAGCAGGUUUGGCAGGAACCGUGUCUAAAUGUACCUAUUAGUGAGAUACUGAUAGGAAAAUACAAGAACUCAACAUUCACCAAAUACGCUGGACAUCGAGAAGAAAGCAAAGUGGAAUGGGUCAGAGAAGUGCUGUACUCACAAUACUUGGAGUGUUUCAUCAGCUGUUCUACGUCAACAAACCACGCUGUCGUCAUCGGCUGGAUGGAGAAACACACAGCAGUCAAUCAAAGUAUAAAUGUAACCAGAGGUGCUGUUUCAACAAAGAAGGAAAUUCAGAGACAAUCUGAGUUUGUCAUAGUUCAAGGUGUAAACUCCUUUGAUUACAAUGAGCAGCUGAACCUUAUUGCCACUGCCGGAGUGAAUAACCAUGUCUGUCUGUGGAACCCGUAUGUCGUGUCCAAGCCAAAUGGAGUUUUGCGAGGACACAUGGCUAGCGUGGUGCAGGUUCAGUUUAUCAAGAGCCGGGGUCAGCUGAUCAGCUUCUCGAAGGACAAGGUUCUGCGGAUCUGGGAUGUACAGCUACAAGUCUGUAUCCAGAGACUCGCCGGCAUGUUUCCCAAGGGACCUGAAGUUCAGAGUAAGUUGUAUUUUGAUGAUGGUAAGGAGAGAUCCGGUGUAGACCGAAACAGACUGUUUAUUACAUUCAACUAUCAGCUGACUGCUCUCGACAUGAAGGUGGAAAUCAAGGACAGAAUAAUGAGUCAUGAAAAACCGAUUGUAACCGCUCUGUACAACACCGUCUACAACCAAGUAAUUAGCGUGUGUCAAGCGGGUACCAUAGUGAUGUGGAUGAUUGACACGGGUCAGAAGGUCAAGCAGUUUAACAGUUCUCACGGGACAGCCGAGGUCACGUGUCUCUCUCAGGACCUCAGCGAGACGCGUCUCUUUACUGGGAGCACGGAUGGAACUGUUAAGGUUUGGGAUUUUAAUGGCCAUUGCUACCACACUCUCUCUUGUUCUGGUGGACACCCGGCAGACGUGGGACAAAUUCUUAUUCUAAAGAGACAAGUGCUUGUCGUCGGCUGGGCUAAGUACAUAACAGUGUUUCGUAACAACAACUUCCGAGAUUUUCACGUCGAGCCAGCUGAUUGGAAAGGGGGCCAGGAGCAUGUUGAGGACAUUCUGUGUGUUGCGUUUGUGAGUCCGAACAUUCUGGCGAGCGGCGCCUACGACGGAGAGAUCGUCGUCUGGAACACAAACUCAGAGCAGGCAUCGCGCCACUUGAGUCAGCGAUCAAGGAAAGUGCUGAAAUCGAGAACAAAGUCCACAAUUGUCAUCAAAGAGUCUGGUCCUCCAGCUUCAAGCAUUCCAGAAGAUCAAGAAUCGAAACCGCCGGAUGAUUCGUCCAUUGUGACAAAACCACGCCCCAAGUCACGAGCCCUGUCCCGUGUUAGCGAGGGAAGUAAUGAUGAACAAAACGAGUUUGGUCUGGCCAUUUCUAAACUCCUGUUCCUGGAAACGAGGAAAACGAACUCCUCUGGCCACUGUGCCAAUCUGGUGUCGUGCGGAGGGAAUGGAUGGGUUCGAUUCUGGAACACGUCAAAAAGUCAGCUGAUGGCCGAGUAUGUUGCACACCUUCACGCUGGCAGUAUCAUAAUGGCGACGGACAAGAAGAACCAGUAUCUGGUGACUGGUGACGUGGAUGGGGUCAUCAAAGUGUGGGAGAUUCUCGAGUACUGCAUGCACCACGUGGACGACACCAUUCAAACACCACCUCCACUAAAACGGCAGUUCCACCCUCAUCAGGACAUGAUUAAUUCCAUCGACAUCUGCGAGAGAAACGAUCGGAUGCUGGUUAUAUCGAGCUCUUCCGACUGCAGUGUUGCAGUCUGGGAUAUCUAUGGAAACAAGAUUGGAGUCUUUGGACAGGACGAACACUGGAGAAUUGAACAGUAUAUUCCUGGAGAGGAACUUCAGAACUUGGAUGAAGAAAAUGAGACAGCUGAUACAAAGGAUGCCACGAUCUGUUUAACACCGGAGAAAGACGAAAUGAAAGAAUCGACUGAUAUAAUGGACGAGCAAUCGGUAGACUACAGGAUUAACACGUGGGAUAAUACGGUGCUGGGGAAGGACUAUCAGGAGCUGAGGAUACGAAAGCGAGAAAGACGACAGCCGGGGACGAUUCCCAACCUGCCGUAUCUACACUGGGAGCGCACGGGGCAGGCACCCGCUGGGCCAUACUCGGCUCUACAAACGUCGGAGUUACUCCAGGUAGAACCGUUGGUUAAACCCGACGCUGAGAAAUAUUUCCUUGACCGUCCUCCAAGUACCGAAUACCUGCCCAAGCUUCCUGUGCUUGCUGACACCCUGAAGACUGCGUUUGACGAGAAAUCGCUGUUCCCCAAGUUCAUUCUGGACUAUGAGCUGUUGCGAUCUGGUAAGGGUAAGACUGCCCGUGGAAGUGUUCACCAUGUUGGAAGCGGUCAGGUGGCGGGGAGUCAGAAAACGUACCAGUUCUCUCCACGCAAGAACAAGACCGUCACAGGCAGCAAGCUGAAACCGGUCGCGGGGCGGAAAAACUCAGUCACUGCACAGGAGUGA